AUGGCGGGCGGCGGGGCGGCGGACGAGCUGCGGGCCCUCUACCGCUGGCUGGACGCCGUGCCGCUCUCCCGGCCACGCAGGAAUAUCGCCCGAGACUUCAGCGACGGGGUGCUGGCAGCCGAGGUGGUGAAGUUCUUCUUCCCCGCCAUGGUGCAGCUGCACAGCUACGUGCCCGCUAGCUCCACGCCACAGAAACUCGCCAACUGGGGCCAUCUCAACAGGAAAGUGCUGAGUAAGCUGAACUUCUCCAUCCCGGGUGACGUGGUCCGGCAGGUUGUGCAGUGCCAGCCGGGCACGGUGGAGCAGGUGCUGCUCCUGCUGCGGCAGAAGAUCGAGGAGAAGCAGAAGCAGAGGCAGAACAAGGUGGUGCCUGGCCCAGGCCAGGAGCCGGGCGUACGGGCAGCGCUGGAAGAGAUCAGUUACCUGGAGACGGGCUACUCAAAGGCGAAGAGCUGCGCAGGUGGAGGCUGCGCCCAGGAGUCUCCCAGGGCUGACAGGUAAGGGCUGAUGGCUCCCCCGGGGGACACUGCCAUCCUCCUGCAGCUGGCGGAGAAGGAGCAGGCCCUGCUCCUGGCGCAGGAGACCAUCCAGAUCCUGCAGCUGAAGGUGGGGAGACUGGAGCAGCUGCUGCAUCUCAAGAACGUGCGGAUAGACGACCUCAGCCGGCGUCUGCAGGAAGCCCAGUGCCAACAGCGGUGA